UGUACGUGACUAUGUAUGUAAGUAUGUGUGUAUAUGAACGUAGAAUAUUUUUAAUCUUAUUAAUUGUCUAAUACCAUAAGCUAUUAUCUCUCUCUCUCAUUAUACGUUUGGACAAUUAUAUUUCUAAUUUAAUAGAUGGUCUUAGCUAAUAAAUUUAAUUUACAACUGCGUUAUACUUAUCAAGAUCAGCUAGUAUGCUAUUUGAUGUCGCAGAAGUACAUCAUUGUCAGUCUACUUAAAAAAUUCAUGAGGUACGCACUGUUCUGUUUUUGAAAAAAUUUUACAAUAUUUUUUUCCAAAAUAUUUUGUAUCACGUGGAGCUUCAGUAUAAUCAACAGUCGUACUUGUGAAACGCAUCGACUAACAAGAUACGAGACAAUAAUGGAAGAAAAAAACAAUGUGCUUGUGAACAGUACGCCGUCGAUAGAAUACACCUUACGUCCAAUAACGUACAUUUCGUGGCUCCUGGGUGCUGGUGUUGCACGUCCGCGAAAUUAUUCCAAGGCAAUAACGAUAAUAAAACAAAUUGUCUAUCUGAUCGUGUGUAUCACUAACAUGGUAAUAGUCGGGAGAGAUGUUUUUAUUUAUGGUAGUGUUUUCGCCCUUGAGAGCAACAUAUUCGAGUUUGUAUACUUUUUGAACAUCGUGACGUUCCAUGUAUCAGCGUAUUACAAUGUUUGUCACGGAAUCAGACAGUACGAAAAGUGGCCAGAAUUGAUGGACAAAAUAAAUGAACUUGAUCAGAAGAUCAGAAGGCAAACACCUAUUAAUGACCAGCCUAUAAAAAACGUGGAAGCGCUAGCGAUUCUAACGACGUUCGCUUGGUUCCCUUUAACCACGAUCGUAUAUUUUCUUUAUUAUUACUUUACAAAUCCAGAGUAUAUUUACGUGUUCACCGUUUUGUACAUCUACAUAGUAACUCAGUCCUUGAUCAACAGUUUCGUUUUCGACGUUGUCGUCUAUGUGCUCUAUUAUAGAUUUAAAACGGUAAAUAAAUUGAUCAGACACUUAAAUGAACAAAAUAAUUUGAAUGAAUCACUAUUUGAUCCGUCACUGAUCGCGCUAAAGAUUAGACGCAUCAGAGAAAUUUAUACGGGUAUUUGUCACCUGAUCAGCACGGUAAACGAUAUUUACAGAGUUCAUCUCCUCCUUUGUUCAGUGAACUGCUUCAUUACGAUUGUGACUCUGCUUUUCACAACCUACUUGAACGUUGUGGAGAAAAAUUAUACAUAUAUAUUGUUAAAUAAUAUUAUUGUGAUGCUGUGUGCCACGCAAUUUGGUCUGAUGUGCUGGAUUUGCACAUUGACGCGUCAAGAAUCCGACGAGAUCGGAAGAUCUGUACAUGAAAUAGUAUUUUAUUGCAAACCUGUAAAUCGUGAUAAGUUAAAUGGGGCGGGAAAUCAUUUCGAUUUAGAGAUACGUCAGUCAUUUGAAAACUUGGACAGCGAGCAAAAUUUUAAUAGAAGCUGCAAUCACAAUCUGAAUUACCUCGUAUUAGAAAAUUUCUUGCGCAGGUACUUGGACCGCGACUGUAUCAGGAACGAGAUCAAUGAUUUUUCGAUUCAACUGCAACAGUAUCGAGUGGCAUUUUCGGCUUGCAAUUUCUUUGAAGUGAACAAUGCUCUCUUCAGUGGUUUUGUCGGGAUGAUCAUCACUUAUUCAAUAAUCUUCAUUCAAUUCUAUCAACGACCCGAAAAUCUAGAUACAAACCUAGUAGAUCAUUUAAUUAAAAUAUUUUGAGAUUCUGGAUUGUCAAAUCUUGUUGUGUUAAACUCGCAUAUUGACGCUAAUUGUUAUUCUUUAAAUAUUCAAGUUUCAUAAUUAAAAGGUAUAAAUCAUAUUAAAUAGAGAACCAUUAAAUAGAUAGUCGAUCCAUAUUUAAAAGCACAAAUAUUCAUGGAAUAGCUUUAUAAGUUUAUAGUUAGAUUUUAGUGUUGCUACGUAUUAUGGGAUUUUACAUUUUUAAGUUCAUAAAACUUCACGCCAAAGAACUUUUUAUUCUUAAAACACAUUUUCAAGUUAAAAUAUCACAAUAUUAAAUUGAACAUCAAUUAAUAAUACUGAUGCUAACAAGCAUCUAAGUGUGGGAGAAAACCUUUUCUCUCCAUAAGUAACUGUAAAAAAAAUAUUGCAAAAAAUAACAUUUAGACCAAGGAUCGAACCUAAGAUCUCCCUACUUUCUGGGGUGAAUAUCUAAUCAACUAACCACUAAACGCUAAAAGAAAUAAAUCUUAUAAAAUUGUUGUCAAGAUUUGAUAAUAAAAUAGUGUAACUAUUAGGACUCUUUGAUUAAAACAAAAAAAAGUAGUAAUAUUCAUCCCACAAAACGUGGCAAACAAAAUACACCGAUAAUUAGAGCGCAGUAAGAAAUUAAGAACAAAAUA